AAAAAUAAUAAAAAUUCAAAAUUACAUUUCAAAACUAGUCUAUAAUUAAAUAAAAAAUUUAAUUGUCUAAUUAUUAAAAAUUUUUAAAAGUCAUUGGAAAAAAUAAUAAACGCGUACAUUACACCGGGUGUCCAUUUUUAAAAAGUGACUUGUGUUAUUGCGAUUUAAUAGCUGCGUAAAAAAAUACAUUUAUUAUUUAAUUUACGUAAUUAAUAUAUAAUUAAACGUUAGUAAUAAUAAUGGCCAAUACUAAUGAUUAUUUUGGUUUUGAGCUUUUAAAUAAAUUAGUGGACGAUAAAUUAAACAAAAAAGAAGAUGUCUUGAUACUUUUCGCUCAUUGGUUUUUUAUUAAAAAUGGUUUUAAAUGUAUCGGACUUGGAGAUUCUAAAACAGUUGAAGCUAGUGUUGAAGGUAACGAAUUAUUACCAGAAGAAUGGAACCAAAAAGAUCAUUAUUCAUUGAGAUAUUUGAAAGAAGGACAAUUAUAUAUUUUGCUUGGAAGGAAAUCUGAUAAUAAUUUACUGCUUAAUCUUUUGAGAGUUGAUGACAAUGGAGUAUCAAAUGUUAAAUUCCAAACAGAGACAAUAGUAAACAGCAUCCAUGGGCCAUUGACGACAUUAAUUCCAACUUAUCAAGAAGUGAUGAAUAAAAUACGUGAAGACCUUGUUGAGCCGGUGUACACCGGUACUGCAAGAGAAAUGUCAACGCAGACGACUCAAAAUGAAUCACAAGGACGACGAUUGCCUAAUCCUGACAACGAUCCACUGAGGGUAGGACCACCACAUAUUCCUCAACGACCACCACGUUGGGAUCCAGCAUCAGAUCCACGCGCAGUUGGUCGUGCAGACUUGGAUCCAUUUGCUGGAAUUGGCCCGCGCGGCGGUGGCAUGAUCUUUGAUCCAUUUCAACAAGACCGCAACCUGCCCAAUCCAAGAUAUCCUCACCCUAAUCGUCCUGGCGGGUUGGGUGGUCCAGCUUUUUUACCACCUGGCGCAGUACCACCAGGUGCAAGAUUUGAUCCUUUUGGACCACCGGACAAUGACUUGCCACGUCCGUCACGAAGAAAUCCCGACCACGAUCAUCUUCCACCCCCCGGUUACGAUGACAUGUUUAUGUAAGACUAAAUUUACUGUUAAAGAAAAAUUUUUUAUAUCAAUACUCCACUAUAUUGUCUACUAAAAGUGUUUAAAUAAAAGACAAAUAAAAAAAUGAAUUUUAGUUGUGCUUUUUGAAAAAUUUACAUUUUCUUUUUAUUGAAAAAAAAAUUCAUUUACAUCAGUAUUGUUUACAUGAGUUUUCAUACGGCAACUAAAAAUUAACGUUGCAGACAAGUCUUCAAACAAUACACAAUACAAUUAAAUAUUUUUUUUUUUUAAUGUUUGUUUUUUUUUUUUUUUUUUAAGAAAAUUAGCAUUUAAUUAUUAGACAGCAAAUAAAAAUAAAUGUAUAAAAAAAAAAUUAGCAAAAGCGCAUCGUAAUUAGACAUUCAGCUCAUACAGUUCAUCAAAAUAUCUGUGAUAUUUAUUACAAUAUUAUUAUCAUCAUUAAUAUUUAUUAAUUAUAUUAAUUAAUAAUUGAAAAGCCGUCGAAACGAACCAGUUAAAAAAAAAAUUACCUCCGUUUCAAUGAAUUAAUUGUUAUUUUUUUUUUUAAUUAAGUAAUUUUUUUUUUCGGUAUGAACAGCGAAAAAUUAAUAUAUCACAGUCGCGCAACACAGAAUACUCGUCUUUAGAGACCUGACGACGCUUGUAGAGAUGAAUCGAUGCGCGAUUUUAAAUAAAUCAUUUUAUUUUUAUUUCUAUUUUUAAAUUUACAGAAAAAAAAAUUUCUUGGCGCGAAAAAAUUUUUAGUUGUCUCAAGAAUUUAUUUGCAUUAUGAAUUAAAAAAGAAAAUUUUCUUGGGUCGAGAAAAAAAUUUCUUGAGGUAAGAAAAAUUUUUUUGCUCCAAAAAAUUUUUCUACACAGAAAGAAAAUGAGUCAAGAAAAUAUUUUUCAAGAUGAAUGUUUUCGAGAACAAAGUUAAGAUUUUCUUGAACCGGGAAAAUUUGUUUUGGUUAGGAAAUUUCUACUUUAUCCAGGAAAAUUUUAAUUUUCAAAAAAAAAUUUCUUGAAUCAAAAAUAUUUACUUUCAGUCGUAAAUUUUCUAUUUUCUGUGUAGUCUUGAAAAAAUUUUGGUUUUAUUUCAGUGUGAAAUUUUUCUAGCGCCAAAAAAAUCUUUUUUUCUGUGUACAAUUUUUCACUUUAAUUUUAAUUUAUAAACGUGGUAACUAGUAAUUGCUUUCAAAAAAAAAUUCCAGUUCAUAAGGAAGCAAAAAGAUUUAAAAAAAAAAGAAAUGAAAUAAAAUUGUACGCAAUUAAUUGGCAUUACAAUUUAAACAAAAGAUUACAUUUAUUUUUUAAAUAUAUAUAUUUUAUUUAAAUUAAUAAUAAUUGCUAUUAAUUAUUAUUAAUAAUUAAUUAGUUUUAAGUAUAAGCUAAGGUUCAAUAUGUUUUAAUAAUUACGAACGUCCAUAGUCCCAUCCUCUGACAAAAAAUAUUGCAGUUUGAAACCGUAAAAAAAAAUAUAUGUGUACCAGUAGUUUAUUACUUUUAUUUUUAAUUAAUAAUUAAUAUUUAUUACUUAGACUUUUUUUAGUCAUCACAUGUCUAUUGAAGUGAAUGUACCGUUAAAUUAUAAAUUAUUCACGGUAAUAAAAUAUAUCAGUAGACUUAAAUAUAAAUACAAAGCCCGCGAAUUAAUUUAAAUUCAAAUGAAUAAAAAAAUGAUUAUGAGUUAAUUAAAUUAUUGUUCCAAAGUUGUUAUAUUUAUUUAUGUUAUAAAUUUAUGUUUAACUUGACGUCAUUCUCAGACAGUUCCCGCCACUUUUCAAAAAUAUGCAGAUAGAAUUAAAAAAAAAAAAACUUAUUAGUUGUUAUCAAUUAGGAAUUAAACAAAAUUUUAAAAAUAAAUUUGAGCCCAGAAAAUUUGAAAAUUUGAAUUCUGAAAUAGACAGGAAGAUUUUACUGAAAUUUAUUUUCCGAAUUUCGUUGAACUCCCAAUUGAUAUCAACUGUCAGUAAUUUUUUGAUACACUUAUGACAGCUGUCAUUAAAAAUUAAAAAAAAAUGGGGCACUGUCUGAGAAUGCCCUUAAUUAUUUUCAAAAUAAAAUAAACGGACGGCUUUGAUAAAAAUAUAACUUCAGAACAAUGAAAUAAGUAUUCAGUGCAUUAUGUUUACUAGGUGACCAGAAAAUACGUUUAUAUUUAUUUAAAUAUAUGUUGUACAUUCACAGCAAAAGACAAGUUUUAUUAUCAAGAUGUAGAUUUUAAGUGAAAUUUAUAUUUAAGUUUCGAUUUUUAUUUUUUUUUUGAACACAGUUUUGCGUGGCGCACAGCGUCACUGACAAUUUUACAAAACUUACAAUCAAUUUUAUCAAUUUUUUAUUAUUUAUUAAAAAGGUGCAGUCGUAGUUUCAAAAAUUUAUCGAACGGGGAUCUGAUUCGCUUGUUGUUUUUUUUUAUGUUUAAUAGCUUUCAUAAAAUUGCCAUUGAGCUACGAUUCAUUUGAAAGUGAUAUAUAUUUAUAUAUAAUAAUAAUAAUAAAAAUUAUUAUUAUUAUAUAGAGUUGAUAAAUUUU